AUGAUAAACGAUGAAGACUUGAGCUUGGAGUCCUUCAAAAAGCUAAAGCAGCUGGAGGAAAAAAUAAACGAAAAAACAAAUAAGAAUGAAAAGAGGAAAAAGGAAGAAGACAAUAAAGUAAAAAACUUCAUGCAACUCAAACUGUUGGAACACUCAUUACCCCAUGAUGUCAGGAAAAAAAUGAAAUCCUUAAAAAUCAACAACAUGAAAGAUCUCGGAAAGUUAGCUGUCACUAAGAAGAAGAAGUUUUUCGUGAAGAUUUUGGAACGCAAGGAUUUGAAGCACCAGCAGAAGCGGAGUCAGAAAUAG